AGAUGUGGAUGGAAGGGUGAGCAGAGCAGUCCUGAGCACAGACAGAGGGAUUGAACAGGAGGAUGGAGAACGUAUAGAGUCCGAUGUGAGGCUGCUGAUGCAGAGGGAAGAGAAGAGAAGGCAAGCAAUGCAACAGGAGCGAGGGCUAACAGGCAGAGACACAGUGGUGGGAGAAGUUGAGAGCCCAGUUUAGCUCAAGUUAUACCAAGUAACAUCGUGAAAGUGUACAGGCCACCAUGCUGCCCUGGAGGAUGAUCAUUGUUGGUAUUUUCUACUGCUGCAUCCGAACAGGUGUCUCACGAAGUCGGACUAAAGCCCUAUUCCCAGCGUCACGCAGAAUAAAGCGAGGGCUGGGAAGUCUGGUGAACCCCACCUUCCACAAUUCCUUUGAUGACGUUCAUCUAUUAUUUGAGAUCCUGCUGGCGGGCACACAUUUUGAGGCCAGUGGAGCUUUUUCAGUGCAAGAUGCUGAGCUUGCUUCCCUCCGCAAGACAAGAAAUAUGGAAGUCAUCUGUGAAGAGAUCAUUCCCAGGAAGCUAACAGAUGUGUUUAGGCUCAUCUCUCGCCUUUCAAAUCACAUUGGUCACCUGCAUCAGGACGAUUUUGAGCGCUCCCUGUUGACUUUGGUAUACGCAGCCCAGGGGAUGGCCAAUUCCACUACUGAACACCAACAAAGCUUAUGGGCCGAGUCUUUUGUUAGUUUGUACAAAGCAAUCAAGCAGGAUCUAACAGGGUCAAACUGAACGGAUGAUGGUUUUGCUACACAUUGGUUCAAUGCAUGUUAAAUAAAUAUCCAUGGAGAUCAGUGGACAUUCCUGGUUUUUGCUUUGAGACCUACAUCUUCUAUCCCAGCAAGAUACUGAGAGAAAACCCUGUAAAAAAAACUGCUUCAUGGUAAGAUAAUGAUACAAUUAAGUAAAUAAUAAUACAUUUACUGUCACAGAAAAGUAAAUGCAAACAUGACAUGAUGUAUUUACUAUACAUAUGUUGAAUUUAAAUGCUGAAAGCAACACCAUGCAGCUACUUACAUUCAUAUGUCUUUUCAGUGCUUGUUCACUAACACCUGGCUGUGAUUGCAUUCUAAGACUGAGAAGACCACUCACAUUGAAACAAGAAAUAAUUGUUUAUACUUCAGUGGCAUGCUCUGUGAGUACAAGUGACUGUACAGAACAUGUCUUCAAGAUCAUAUAUAUGUUAUCCAGUGAAUGAUAUCAUAACCUUUUACCACAAACAAUUUACAAAGAAAUAUACUUAAACUAACCUAUUGUACCUCAGUUCCUCCCUAAAGAAAGUUCACAAAGAAUCCAAUCUCAUGCAAAUGCCAUUCGCAAAUGUCCCUCAUGGGGAAUUACACCAUGUUGUUACAGUACAGUGUCUUUAACAAAGGACAGGAGGUCCAAACUGAGCUGCCUUCGAUGGUUUCUGGAAAAAUCCAUAACAUUGCAUACUGAAGUGAGUACAGGACUCACAGGGCAACUCCAAUAAUAAUCGUUGAAGGCUCUGCAUGUCCAAGUGGCUGCUUAGGCUCCAGGGCAUUAGUAUCUGCUCCGCUUCCGUCCAGGGAGUCGGGCUCACCAGGAGGGCACAAGGGUAUGUACCGGAUCCAGGAGGAAGAAGACAAGUAAGAGCUGAUGCCAAAGGGAAUGUUGUAGACUUCUCCGCUCUCCAGUGUGUUGCUGGAGUCAUCCUCGUGAGCUUUGCUCCAUGCCAGGAUGCCUCGUUCAUGCUUUGAUCCUGUUGGACCGGUGUUAAAUUUGUUAAACCCUUCUAUCACGGUCUACUGAAGGAAUGAGAUUGUGUUAUAUUGGACAUAGCUUGGUUGUAUUUUAAUAAAGCUUGGGAAUGCUUUUCUGUG